GGAGGGCGAGGAGGUGGGGGAGGAUGAACGGCGGGAACAGCGCGCUGCUGCGGACCGCGCGGCAGAGCGACCACGGGCGGAACUGCUCUGAGACCCUCGAGCUGUCAGCGGCACCCGCGUGGAGCGGCAACGGCUCGGUGGUGGAUGCUCACCGGCUAGUGGAGCUCCAGUUUCCCGCCUCGGCCGCCACAAUGGUGGCGAUGGCGUCCAAGGCCCCACACCCCUUCCCCACAGUGGACGUCCCCGACCACGCCCAUUACACCAUCGGCUCCGUCAUCCUCGCCAUCGGCAUCACCGGCAUGGUCGGCAACUUCCUGGUGAUCUAUGCCUUCAGCAGGAGCCGCAGCCUCAGGACGCCAGCCAACAUGUUCAUCAUUAACCUGGCGAUCACAGACCUGCUGAUGUGCGUCACUCAGACGCCGAUUUUCUUCACCACCAGCAUGAACAAGAGGUGGAUCUUUGGAGAGAAAGGUUCUAAAGGUUCUAUACUGAUACUUCUUUGUGUUCCUCACAGUGUUCUCUGUGUUCUGCGUUCCUGCAGGUACGCUGACAUGUUGACUCCUUACAUGAACUCUGUUCCCGCCGUCAUUGCCAAGGCCUCAGCGAUCCACAACCCCAUCAUCUACGCCAUCACACACCCCAAGUACAGGAUAGCACUGGCCAAGUACAUCCCGUGUCUGGGCAUGUUGCUGUGCGUUCAUCCUCGUGACCUCCGCUCCACCAGCAGCAGCUUCAUGUCGACGCGCCGCUCCACCGUGACCAGCCAGACCUCUGACAUCAGCAGCCAGUUCAGAAGACAGAGCGCCGGCAAGUCCCGCCUCUCCUCGGCCUCGGACAGCGAAUCGGGUCUGACGGACACCGAGGCGGAUCUGUCCAGUAUCAGCUCCAGACCGGCGAGCCGCCAGGUCUCCUGUGACAUCAGCAGAGACACCACCGAGCUGCCAGACUUCAAACCUUCCUCCAGCUUCAAGUCCAAGAUAAAGAGCCACGACUCGGGCAUCUUUGAAAAGACGUCCUACGACACUGAUUUCUCCACGGCAGGAGUCAGUGAACGCAGCAGCAUCCCAAACAGCAGCGACUUCACUGACGGACACACGAUGAAAGGCACGAUUGGUCGAAUCCCGAGCAUCGUCAUCACUUCUGAGUCCAGCCCCUUCCUUCCCAUUGGACGAAAUGGUUCACGCACGGCCCGCCCCAAAACAGCCAAUAACAGCAUGGGGACGGGGUCUGGGUAGACUGACAGCAGCUCACGUCCAGUCAGAUAUUUUUAAAUGUAGAGUUGAAACACACCUGAGGGCUCACCUGUCAAUCAAACACAGCUAACGUCACCUCCAGAUCUCUGUGACCUCUGUGUUCUGGUUCAAAGUGAAUCACAGAGUCAGACCAGAACAGAUCUGAACCUGAACCUGAGUCAGACCAGGAUCAGGUCUCAGAUCACUGAACUUUGACUAAAAGUGUAGUUCGUGUUAAGUUGCUCUUUAAAUUGGUUCUUUUAUAAUUUAUUUAUUUUAUAUAUGAACACAGUGACGGUGCUGAGGUCUCGUCAAACCUGUGUACCUGUUGAUUCAGAGGAUGAUUUCACACAGUACCGAAGUCAGACCAGUAUCUGUUUUUGUUGAUUUUUAUCUAAAGAAGAGAAUCAUUUUCCUGCCUCUGAUUUUUGUCCCUGAGGUUCAAACUGACUCAGUGUUCAGUGUAUUUUCUCCAGGUGAGUUCAUCAGGUGAGGCUCCUCCUUCAGUCUUUUCCUUAUUAAAAUAUGAAACAACUGUGUCGAGACUUUUUCAGAACAUUUUGUGAUUUUUCUACAAAUGGUGUGUUUUCCUGUUUGUGUUCUUGUUGUUGUUUUUUAUUGUUGUUGAUGUGACAGACUGAGAACUGUCUGGGUCUCUCUGUGUCUCUGGGUCUCUCUCUGUGGGUUUCUGGUUCUCUGGGACUCUGUGGGUCUCUGUGGGUCUCUGUGGGUCUCUGGUUCUCUGGGACUCUGUGGGUCUCUGUGGGUCUCUGGUUCUCUGGAUCCUGUGGGUCUCUGGUUCUCUCUCUGGGUCUCUGGUUCUCUCUCUCUGGGUCUCUGGUUCUCUCUCUGUGGGUCUCUGGUUCUCUCUCUGGGUCUCUGGUUCUCUCUCUGGGUCUCUGGUUCUCUCUCUCUGGGUCUCUGGUUCUCUCUCUGGGUCUCUGGUUCUCUCUCUGGGUCUCUGGUUCUCUCUCUCUGGGUCUCUGGUUCUCUCUCUGUGGGUCUCUGGUUCUCUAGGUGUCUGUGAGUGAACUUAAUGGACUUUUGAAAACCCAGAUUCAGGACCCAGCUUUAAAAACCACAGACCUGUUCACUGAGCCUCAGAGGAAGAACUGCUCCAUGGUUCCUGGUUCUGAUUGUAAUGGUGUUUCUCAGCUGAUCAUCAGCUGGUGAGUGGAGCUAUUAGCUUAACAUUAGUUUUAACCAUAAAGUCUGAGUUAAAGAAGCUUUUUCACAGUUUUUAUUUUAAACAAGUUUGAAGCUAAAACAUUUUCUGGAGACUUAAUGAACCUAAUUAUAUCAUUAGCUGAUGAAUCUGUGACAAAAAAACUGCCUCCGUCACCGUGAAGUGCAAACCCGUGAGAGCUGCUGCUCCCUGUUCACCUGGAUCAGAACCAGAAACUAUCAGAGAGCUCAGCAAAACCUGGUCCUGGAGUCCCUCUGAAAGCCUGAUGGAAGGAUAAUGUCAAGGAAACCAAUUUAAGUCCUGGGAUUCACUCUUUAAACCUGACGUUUUGGGAAAUCCUCUUCUAAAGGUUCCCUAGCCUCCAGUCUUUGUGCUAAGCUAGGCUAACAGUUUCCCCUAGCCUCCAGUCUUUGUACUAAGCUAGGCUAACAGUCCCCUAGCCUCCAGUCUUUGUGCUAAGCUAGGCUAACAGUUUCCCCUAGCCUCCAGUCUUUGUACUAAGCUAGGCUAACAGUUCCCUAGCCUCCAGACUUUGUGCUAAGCUAGGCUAACAGUUCCCUAGCCUCCAGACUUUGUGCUAAGCUAGGCUAACAGUUUCCCCUAGCCUCCAGUCUUUGUACUAAGCUAGGCUAACAGUUCCCUAGCCUCCAGACUUUGUGCUAAGCUAGGCUAACAGUUUCCCCUAGCCUCCAGUCUUUGUACUAAGCUAGGCUAACAAUCCCCUAGCCUCCAGUCUUUGUGCUAAGCUAGGCUAACAGUUCCCUAGCCUCCAGACUUUGUGCUAAGCUAGGCUAACAGUUCCCUAGCCUCCAGUCUUUGUGCUAAGCUAGGCUAACAGUCCCCUAGCCUCCAGUCUUUGUGCUAAGCUAGGCUAACAGUUCCCUAGCCUCCAGUCUUUGUGCUAAGCUAGGCUAACAGUCCCCUAGCCUCCAGUCUUUGUGCUAAGCUAGGAUAAACACACCCUGGACACAGAUCUGGAUGAUCUGGUUCUACAGUCAGCAGGAUUUAUUACUCCUGUCACGAGGAGUCCUGCAGCUCUGAGUCUGAGUCCUGCAGCUCUGAGUCUGAGUCCUGCAGCUCUGAGUCUGAGUCCUGCAGCUCUGAAUCCAGCACACACACUUUUGUUAAAACCAGAUGUGAGGUCUUCUUCUGCUGUUCUCUUCUUCUUCCUCUUUGUGUCUUUCUUUUCUUCAGUGUGUGUAGUGUGCAUUUUCUGAAGGUUGUGUUGUUGUUGUUGUUGUUUAUUCAUGAGUGAAUAUCACUGUUGAUUGUAACAUGGCUCUGACCUGCUGCUCUGUGAAGAGAGGCUACAUGAAUUUCACACACACACACACACACACACUCCAGUGUUGACUAUGAUGUACAGAACUGCAGGUAUUUGAUGUGUAUUAAAAUUUGUUGUGACUGAUGAAGAUGAAGAUGUUUUCAGUUGUUAUUUAUUUUUUAAAUAAAUAUUUAUUAUUGACUGUG